CGCGUCCCGCUUCAGCCGGCUCGCUCCGGCUCGCUCCGGCCCCGGGCCGCCCCCGCCCCGCCUCCCCGGGUGUCCGAGGCGCUGCACAGCGACCCCGCACCCUGCGAACAUGGCGCUGCUAGCGGCGCGGAAUAUGCGGGCGGCGCUCUGCAGUCUGCGCGCAGCCUCGGCCCCCGCAGCCCAGAGCCCGCUGCGGCCCAGGAGGCUGCACGCCGGCGCUGUGCGGACACUGUGCACCGGCUCCGCUCUGCUGUCGGUGCGUAAGUUCACAGACAAACAUGAAUGGAUAACAACAGAAAAUGGUAUUGGAACAGUGGGAAUCAGCAAUUUUGCACAGGAGGCUUUAGGAGAUGUUGUUUACUGUAGUCUGCCUGAAGUUGGAACAAAAUUGAACAAACAAGAUGAGUUUGGUGCUUUGGAAAGUGUAAAAGCUGCUAGCGAACUGUACUCUCCUCUGUCAGGAGAAGUAACUGAAAUUAAUGAAGCUCUUGCAGAAAAUCCUGGACUUGUCAACAAAUCUUGUUAUAAAGAUGGGUGGCUGAUCAAGAUGACAGUGAGUAAUCCUUCAGAACUAGAUGAUCUAAUGAGUGAAGAAGCAUAUGAGAGAUACGUAAAAUCUAUUGAGGAGUAAAAAUGGAACUCCUAAAUAAAUUAGUAUGAAACACAUUAACAAAAUAAUGUUGUUUUAAAUUAGUAGUGGAUAUAUGAUUUUAAAUUGGAACUUUUAGCAAUAAUAAUGGAACAAGAAAUUAUUUGUAGCAGUGCUAUUGGAAGAAUCUACUCCUUAACUUUCUAAUGAUUGUAUAUGAACACAACAUACAUUUUUUUCCCACAAUACCCUGUUAUUUCUAGGUAAGGCUCCAGUUAUGAUAACCAGAAUUCAUGAAAAUAUCCAUGGCUAAAAAUUAAUUAUAAAUAUAUGUAAUUCAAGGAUAACAUUGUCUUAUAUAAUGUUGUGAUUUGCUUACAUUCAUCUAUAGUCAGAACACUUAAGAUAUUUCCAUUGGAAAUAACUGGCAGUGGAGAAAAGCUAGUUGUGUAAUGCCAGACCAACAGUACUAUCUUAAUUUUGCAGUAAAUUGUGUUUGCUGGUGCUAUUUUUAUACAAUGAAGCAGUAGUCUUGCUGGAAAAUAAGGGCUGUUUAAUAAUAAAACAUUAAACUUCA